CGCUGCGCGCCGGGGCAGGAGCCGAGCAGGUGGCCGCGGGCAGCGCCGCGGCAUGUGAGCGGCCCCCGGCCCUCGGGAAGGCAGCACCGGCCCCCGCGCUGCGCUGCCCUCCCUUCCCCGCGCCUCGCCGGGCCGGCCGCGCAGCCGGGGCGGAGGCAGGGCGCCCGCAGCGGCAGCCCGGCGGCGGCCGGGGGCUGAGCGCCGCGCCCCGCCGGGGGGCGGCCGUGGCGGAGGGCGGAGGGGAAGAGGAGGAGGAGGAGGAAGGCUGCGCGGGGCCGGAGGGACGCGGGAGCCCCCCGGCCGCACAGGAUGAAAGUCACGGUGUGCUUCGGGAGGACGCGGGUGGUCGUGCCCUGCGGGGACGGGAACAUGAAAGUUUUCAGCUUGAUCCAGCAAGCGGUGACCCGGUACAAGAAGGCGAUCGCCAAGGAUCCAAACUACUGGAUACAAGUCCAUCGUCUGGAGCACGGGGAUGGUGGGAUCUUGGAUCUGGAUGACAUUCUUUGUGACGUAGCUGAUGACAAAGACCGUCUCGUGGCCGUGUUUGAUGAGCAAGAUCCACACCAUGGGGGUGAUGGCACCAGCGCCAGCUCGACAGGCACGCAGAGCCCGGAGAUUUUUGGCAGUGAGCUUGGCUCCAACGCGGCAUCGGCCUUUCAGCCUUACCAAGCAACAAGUGAAAUUGAGGUCACACCGUCAGUCCUUCGUGCAAAUAUGCCUCUCCAUGUCCGACGCAGUAGUGACCCUGCACUCAUUGGCCUCUCAACCUCUGUGAGUGACACAAAUUUUCCUUCAGAGGAGCCUUCUCGGAAGAACCCUACCAGGUGGUCCACAACAGCAGGCUUCCUCAAGCAGAACACCCCUGGCGUGCCCAGUGCUCAUGAAAGAAAGAAAGAUGAAAACUACAGAAGCCUACCACGAGAUACUAGUAGCUGGUCUAACCAGUUUCAGAGAGACAAUGCUCGUUCAUCGUUAAGUGCCAGUCAUCCCAUGGUGGACAAGUGGCUGGAGAGGCAAGAACAGGAUGAAGAUCGAACAGAGGAGGACAACAGCAGAGUUGAGCCUGUUGGACAUGCAGACACUGGUUUGGAGAAUGCUACCAAUUUUUCCCUGGAUGAUAUGGUAAAGCUCGUCGAGGUCUCCAAUGACGGCGGGCCUUUGGGAAUCCAUGUAGUGCCUUUCAGUGCCCGAGGCGGAAGAACCCUGGGGCUGCUGGUGAAGAGAUUGGAGAAGGGUGGAAAAGCUGAACAAGAAAACCUUUUCCGUGAGAACGAUUGCAUUGUCAGGAUUAAUGACGGAGACCUGCGGAACAGGAGAUUUGAGCAAGCACAGCAUAUGUUUCGCCAAGCCAUGCGUACGCCGUUCAUUUGGUUCCACGUGGUCCCUGCGGCGAACAAGGAGCAGUACGAGCAGCUGUCCCAGAGCGAGAGCAUGUUCUACUCCAGCCGCUUCAGCCCCGACUCCCAGUACACUGACGGGAAAAGCAUGAACAAUUCUGGACUUCACACCUUACAGAGAAUGUCUAGAGCGGGUAACCACUCUGACCAGACAGACUCCUACUCACAGCUACCUCACAGUGUGAACUCUUCAGGGAAACCACCCUCCGGCCUGGUACCGUCACCUCAGAAAGUUCUCGCCUCUGCUGCCAACAGUGGCUAUAACACCAAAAAGAUAGGGAAGAGGCUCAGCAUACAGCUGAGGAAAGGUACAGAAGGCUUGGGAUUUAGCAUUACUUCAAGAGAUGUCCCAAUUGGUGGCUCUGCUCCAAUUUAUGUGAAAAACAUCCUUCCGAGAGGUGCAGCUAUUCAAGAUGGGAGAUUAAAAGCUGGAGACCGAUUAAUUGAGGUAAAUGGAGUUGAUUUAACAGGCAAAACUCAAGAAGAAGUUGUGUCCUUGCUGAGAAGUACCAAGAUGGGAGGAAGCGUUGCCCUUUUGAUUUUUCGACAGGAAGAAACAUUCCAUCCAAGGGAACUGAAUGCAGAACAAAGCCAGUCACAAAUUCCAAAGGAAACGAAAGCAGAAGAAGAGGAGCUUGUCCUCACACCUGAUGGCACCAGGGAAUUCCUCACUUUUGAAGUUCCACUGAAUGACUCUGGGUCAGCUGGGCUUGGCGUGAGUGUCAAAGGUAACCGGUCCAAAGAGAACCACGCCGAUUUAGGAAUCUUCGUCAAGUCCAUUAUUAACGGUGGAGCAGCAUCCAAGGAUGGCAGGCUUCGAGUGAAUGAUCAACUAAUAGCAGUUAAUGGAGAAUCAUUACUGGGCAAAACAAAUCAAGAUGCUAUGGAAACCUUAAGAAGGUCCAUGUCCACUGAAGGAAACAAACGAGGAAUGAUUCAGCUCAUUGUGGCGAGGCGAAUAAGUAAAUGCAAUGAGUUGGAAUCACCUGGGAGCCCCUCCGGGCCAGAGCUGCCCAUAGAGACUCUGCUGGAUGACCGAGAGCGGAGGAUUUCCCACUCCCUCUACAGUGGGAUCGAGGGUCUCAGCGAGUCACCCACAAAGAACGUGGCAUUGGGCAGGAUAAUGGGUAAAUAUCAGCUGUCUCCAACAGUGAACAUGCCCCAGGAUGACACUGUCAUUAUUGAAGAUGACAGGCUGUCAGUCCUUCCUCCUCAUCUCUCUGACCAGUCAUCAUCCAGUUCCCAUGAUGAUGUCGGGUUUGGCACUGUUGAUACUGGUGGAUGGGCUAAAGCUGCAAUUAAUGAGUCAACAGACUGCACUCUUAGUCCAGAUGUUGUUCCCGUACUUGCCUUCCAGCGAGAGGGUUUUGGACGCCAGAGCAUGUCAGAAAAGCGUACAAAGCAAUUUUCAGAUGCCAGUCAGUUGGAGUUUGUUAAAACACGAAAAUCCAAAAGCAUGGAUCUAGGUAUAGCUGACGAGACUAAGCUCAGUACAAUGGAUGACCAGAAAACAGGUUCCCCAACCAGAGAUGUGGGGCCUUCGUUAGGUCUGAAGAAAUCCAGCUCGUUAGAAAGCCUGCAGACAGCCGUGGCUGAGGUGACUCUGAAUGGUGACAUUCCCUUCCACCGCCCACGCCCACGAAUUAUCCGCGGACGAGGCUGCAACGAGAGCUUCAGAGCUGCCAUAGACAAAUCCUACGAUAAACCUGUAGCAGAUGAUGAUGAUGAAGGCAUGGAAACUUUGGAGGAAGACACAGAGGAGAGCUCAAGAUCUGGUAGAGAAUCUGUGUCCACAGCAAGUGACCAGCCAUCCCACUCAUUAGAGAGACACAUGAAUGGAAGCCAAGAUAAAGGUGACAGAAAAAAAACUGGAAAGGAAAAGAAGAAAGAUCGAGAUAAAGAGAAGGAUAAAAUGAAGGCAAAGAAAGGAAUGCUGAAAGGCUUAGGAGACAUGUUCAGGUUUGGCAAACAUCGCAAAGAUGACAAGAGUGAGAAAACUGGUAAAAUAAAAGUGCAGGAAGCUCUUACUUCAGAAGAGGAGAGAAUACGAAUGAAGCAAGAACAGGAGAGAAUCCAGGCGAAAACUCGAGAAUUCCGAGAGAGGCAAGCUCGGGAACGCGACUACGCGGAGAUCCAGGACCUGAGCCGGGCGUUUGGCUGUGACGCGGAUCCGAUGUACGCCGGCAUCGCCGCCUAUGACUCUCCCAACAGCGGCACAGCAGCGCUGAGCGCCCGGCCCCAGAGCCCGAGGGAAGGGCACACGGUGGAGGCCUUGUACGCCCAAGUGAAGAAACCACGGAAUUCAAAGUCUUCACCUGUAGACAGCAACAGAUCGACCCCCAGCAAUCACGACCGGAUCCAGCGCCUGCGCCAGGAGUUCCAGCAGGCAAAGCAGGACGAGGACGUGGAGGACAGGAGACGCACGUACAGCUUUGAGCAGCCGUGGCCAAACACCAAGACGUACUCACAGAGCGGCAGGCACUCGGUGUCAGUGGAGGUCCAAAUGCAGCGGCAGCGGCAGGAGGAACGGGAGAGCUUCCAGCAAGCCCAGCGCCAGUACAGCUCCUUGCCCAGGCAAAGCAGGAAAAAUGCCAGUUCUGUAUCUCAAGACUCCUGGGAGCAGAAUUAUUCCCCUGGAGAAGGGUUCCAGACUGCAAAGGAAAAUCCCAGAUAUUCCAGCUACCAGGGAUCGAGGAAUGGCUAUAUGGGGGGACAUGGCUUUAAUGCCAGGGUGAUGCUAGAAACACAAGAACUGCUCCGUCAAGAGCAGAGGCGGAAAGAACAACAACUGAAAAAAAAAACUUCUUCUGAAGGGCCUAGCAACUAUGACUCAUAUAAGAAAAUCCAGGACCCUAAUUAUGCCCCUGCUAAAGGUCCUUUCAGACAAGAUGUACCGCCUUCACCAUCUCAGGUAGCGAGGCUGAACAGAUUGCAAACACCAGAAAAGGGAAGACCGUUUUAUUCUUGAGGUGAAGAAAAGGAGGAUCAACUUACCAUGCAAUAAGGAACAUUUUCAUAUAAAGACUUAUAUUUUGAAAACUUUUUACGCUGAUGGUACUAAGGAAUAUAUCCGUUUUCUAUUUCAGUGCCUUUGAAAAUCUGGGCAAAGCAUUGGUGGGCCUUACGUCUUUGCCAUUCUGUCCCAAGUGUUGAAUCCAUGGAAGGGCGUUCCACCAUUUGACAAUCAUAGUGGAAGUCAGCAGUGCUGCCCCUGCCUUCCCAGUUCUGUAGCCCAGUCCUGUAGCUGUCAAUGGCUUUUUGCUAGGAUUUGUUGUAAUGUGUUUUACUUUGCAGUGACUUGUUACACCAACAUGCAGCUUUGUGGCAUAAAAUGAAUGAAUUUGAGGUUGAAGGAAGCAUUGACAUGUCCUUUAUUAUUUCUCUCGGGUCAGAAGGAGGUGUACAUAUCACUCUUGAGUGGAUAAGGCUGAGCUCUACUCUGAAUUGCAGUUGGAGUUCUGAUAGGUUUUAUGGUGGAGUCAUUACCUGUCUUUGUUGAUCAAUAUUUAAGUGUCUAUAUGCUGAAAAACUAUCCUUCUUCUAUUAUGCACAUACGCACUCUUUUUUUUCUCUCUCUCCCCACUCUGAGCUUAUUAAAAAAGCCUUUAUCCUGACUCAUGAGGAAAACAAUAUUAAGCUUUCAGUUAUCCUGAGAAUCCUGUUCCAAUUGCCUUAUAAUCUUAAUGCACAGUCCAUUACAAAUGAAAUAACUGGAGAGAGAUUAUUUAUACAGACACAGGGAAACCUUUGAUAAGUAUAUUUCACUAUUUUAUUAAAGAUGGGAAAUUAUGAACACACAUGCAAUUGAGUUCUGCUUUGCUUUGCUUCUAAAUUAAUUUGGUCAUUUGACACUUGUAUCUAGGAAGAGAACUAGGGAGGGUGUCAUGUUAACUCAUCUAGUACACAGUAGUCUUUGGACAAAUUUUGGAGAUAGCUCCAAGCAAGAGCAGAGGAAAUCAAAGUUUUUCUUUGGAUCAAAUAACUGUAAAGAGAACAAUUCCCUCUUUUUAGACAUUGUGAUGCUUUGUGGACAAUUUACUUUGUGCUUCCAUAUAACAUAUUGUUACAUUGUGAUGGUACGUUAAAAUAAACCUUUAAGUACAUGAAUGAGAGAUAAACGGAGACAAACUGUUACACAUCAUCCUGAAAACAUGUCAGUAUCCAAAAAUUACUAAAGCAAAAUGAUUGCUUUAGCAGAGAGUAAUAUUUGAAUGUGCAUAUGGGAUAAGAGAAUUUCUUUUGCAGCAGCUGUUUUUCUGUUUGUUGGUCUGAACUUCAUGUAUUGUAAAAGAUAUAGCUGGGUUGCUGAAGUGCCUGCAAAUCCUGAUGUGAAAAGGCUUGAGAAUGGAUCUCAGCAUAUUGUGUAAAAAAAGGAGAGAAAGCAAGAAAAAAAAUCAUGUAUUGCGUGAUUUAAAAAAAAGCCUAUUUUUUUUUACUGGCACAUUUUAUUUUUGCGCCAACUCAUUUCUAGAAUGUAUGUGAAAUAUCAGCACACGUAUCUGUGUCUUUUAUGCCUGUUUGUUAACAGUUUUUGUUGUUAAUAAUGUACUCCAUGUUUAAAAGUUCUUAUUAGUGUAAGCACAGUGACAUUGGAUGACAAUAGCUUUUUUACACAGAAUUUACAAAACUGUGUAAAAUGGCUUUCCUUGUACAUAUGAAAUUUAGAAUAAAAGGCUGUUUCCAUCCUUGUCUUGGUAUUGCCUGUAGACCACUAUGAAAACUGCUGGAGACAUUGAGUUAAAAAAUUCUUAACAGAUGUUGUUUUAUACUAUUCCUAAUGGUUUGUGUGUGUCAUUCUGUGAAUGCUUAUAAAUGAGAAGAGAAGAGAAGAGAAGAGAAGAGAAGAGAAGAGAAGAGAAGAGAAGAGAAGAGAAGAGAAGAGAAGAGAAGAGAAGAGAAGAGAAGAGAAGAGAAGAGAAGAGAAGAGGGGAAAGGAGGAAAAAGAAAAGAAAAGAAAAGAAAAGAAAAGAAAAGAAAAGAAAAGAAAAGAAAAGAAAAGAAAAGAAAAGAAAAGAAAAGAAAAGAAAAGAAAAGAAAAGAAAAGAAAAGAAAAGAAAAGAAAAGAAAAGAAAA